AUGGAGCUUCAGUUAGCUUUAUCUCUCUCUUCUUCUUCUUCUUCUCAUUCCCAGUUGGAUCUCAACCAUUACAUCCAUCCACCAAAACCCAUCCAAAUGGAAGAUCAUCAUCAUUUCAAGAGGAGGAAGAAGCUUUCUGUUAAUGGCCAUCAUGUUAAUGAUGAUGAUCAUGAUCAUGAUCAUGAUGAUGAUGGUGGCUUCCACAUCAUCCCUCAAACACUCCCACUCCUUUUCUGCAACAACCCUAAAUACAACCAACAACUUCUUCAUCAAGAUGAUGACAAUGAUGAUGAUGAUGAUGAUGAUGAUGUUCAAUCCACUUUCAUCCUCAUGAAUCACAAAAAUUGUGGAGAAGAGAACGGGGUGAUCGGGUGGCCGCCGGUGAGAUCCAGUAUGAAGAGGCUUUGCCGCCAGAAGAACGGUGGUGGCGAUGGUGGUGGUGGUGGUGGCAGCGACGGUGACGGGAGGUCAAAGUCGAUGUAUGUUAAGGUGCAGAUGGAAGGAGUUGGAAUUGCAAGAAAGAUUGACCUCAAUUUACACUACUCUUACCAUACACUCACCCACACCUUAGCCCACAUGUUUGGGAAGUGUAACGAAGACGUGAAACUUACGUAUCAAGACAAAGAAGGGGAUUGGUUGCUUGCAGGAGACGUGCCUUGGGGAUCUUUUAUGAAGACGGUUCAACGUCUGAAACUAUUGAAAAGUAGUUGUUGACGGAUUGGCGUGACGGAACAUACCCGUCAUUUGUUUUGGUUGAAUAUGAGAAGGAAAAAGUAUUAGGAACAUGUAAUUUCGUAUUAAAAAUACAAUGUUUUGAUUAAUUCUAUCGUA